AUGUUCGAUCUAAGCACCUACCUUCGGGAAGGCGACAAUCUAUUUAUGUUCGAUCUAAGCACCAUCCCACGGGAAGGCGACGAUCUCCUUAAGUUCGAUCUAAGCGUUGACCCUCUGGAAGGCGACAAUCUCUUUAUGUUCGAUCUAAGCACCAACCUUCGGGAAGGCGACAAUCUCUUUUUGUUAGAUUUAAGCACCAACCUUGAGAAAGGCGACAAUCUUCUUAUUUUCGAUCUAAGAACCAACCCUUGGGAAUGUGAUGAUCUCUUUGUGUUCGAUCUAAGCACUGACCUUCGAGAAGGCGACAAUCUUUUUAUGUUCGAUCUAAGCACCGAUCCUCGGGAAGGUGACGAUCUCUUGAUGUUUGAUCUAAGCACUGACCCUCGGGAAGGCGACGAUCUCUUUUUGUUCGACCUAAGCAUCGACCCUCGGGAAGACGACAAUCUCUUUGUUUUUUAUUUAAGCAUCGACCCUCGGGAAGCCGAUAAUCUCUUAAUGUUCGAUGCAAGCACUGACCCUCAGGAAGGCGGCGAUCUCUUUAUGUUUAAUCUAAGCGUCGACCCUCGGGAAGGAGACAAUCUCUUUAUGUUCGAUCUAAGCACCGACCCUCGAGAAGGCGACAAUCUCUUUAUGUUCAAUCUAAGCAUCGAUCCUUGGGUUGGCGACAAUCUUCCACCCUAUCAUAUUCAGAUGUUUUCUUCAAUACUCCUUCGGUGA